AGCGGUGCCGUGAGGAGCCCCCGCACAGCGCACUCGUUCGUGUCUGACCCGGAGCUUUUCCCAGGCGUUAUUCCUGCAGCUGUCCUCGAGGCCAGACCACAGGACUUGGUGACCUGUGGCCUUCCCGAGGCUUCUCUCCUGCAGGAACCCUCGAGACCAGAGUGCAGGACUUGCUGUCCUGUAGCCUUCCUGAGGCUUCUGUCUUGAAGGUGCCUUCCAGGCACGACUGCAGGACUUGCUGACUCGGAGCUUUUCCGAGGCAUCUCUCCUGCAACUCGCCUCAAAUCCAGUCACUGCCAUGGAGCAGAGAUCCCUGAGAGGGCCCAAGCUGGCCUGGGUGCAGGAGGAGGAAGAAGGCCCUGGAGCUGCCGCAGUAGAGGAGAUGAAAGAGGUGGUGCGGUUCAAGACUCUACAGGAGGAUGCAGCCGUGGACCGCACACAAGAGCAGGACCCCGCCCGUGGCCUCUUCCGCAGAACAGUGGAGGUGCCCGCCAUGGUGAGGUACAUCCACCAGUGGCUCAUGGGCAAUCAGUUUGCUGAGCAGAGACUGAACAGGGCCCUCCUGGAUCUCACUGAAGAACAGCCUGCUGAUGUAGUAAUGACACUCCUGUGUGUGGCCCCAUCCUGUGACAGAGCUGCUUUCACCAUGUGGAAGAGCAUCAUGUGCUCGCCCAGGACUGCCGAGCCAGUGCAGCUGAUGCUCCUCGAUGUGCUGGGGAGUUGGCCAGAGCACAGCACGUUCACCUCUGAUGGGGGCAAAACUGGUGUCUUUGUCCUGGCUGCAACUCUGGUGAUGUGGAAGAUCCUCCAGGUGCCCUGUGUCCCACAGAUGGUGACGGUGUAUUUCCCCCACCUACUUGUGCAUCUGCUCUUCCAAGUGUUCUUCAGCACUCUGGAUAUGCCAGAGGAGGUCGAUACCUUCUGGAAGGGAUGCCAGCAGCAAUACGGCCUUGCCACCAGCCCCAACAGGUUUGCAGUGCGGACCCUGAAGUCCCUGCUCUGCCAAAUGGAGCACGAGGAUGUGGUGCUGGCAAUGGAACGCAAGCGUGGCUGGGACACGCUGCUGUGUGCUGACACCCACCACUAUGCCGUGGGUCUGCUGGCCAGGGAGAUAUCCCGUGUCUCCAUCCCCUUGUGCUCCCGGAUCGCUCGCUACCUGCUCCGGCUGCUCAACACACUGGAGCCACGCUGGGAGCUGCCCGCUCUGGCGUUCCUUGUGGAGGUCCUCGAGUGCCUGAACUUGAGUGGAGGCAGUGCUAACAGAGUCCUGCAAAUCUUGUCAAGGCACCUGCACAGCAAGUGCAGGAACAGGCGUCGCCUGGCGCUCAGGGCCCUUCUCAAGCUCAUUGACAAUCCCUCGAUGAGUGAAAAAAUGGGGAGCCUGACUGAAAGUCUUGUGGAGCUCCUGUGCGACGCAGAUGGAGAGAUAGUUAGCAUGACAGUCACGCUCCUCAGCUUUAUCUCCCGGGACAAGGACAUGCUGAUAGCCAGCUCCAUUGCACUGCGGCUGGUUCAGGCGCUCCUGCCACUCUUUGACCACGUAAGGCUCGCUGCCUCCAGCCACAGCCACUGGCUGCUGCCCGGACACUUUGUGCCCUGUGGAUUUCCAGGCCUGAGCCAAGCUGAGCCCCAUGCAGCCGAUGCUCAGGUCUUUUUUUCUUCCUUUCAUACAGGACAAUAGCCAGGUGCAGCUGCUCUCCAUCCUGCU